UAUUAGUGUGCUUCUCCGUCAGAUAUCCUCUCUCUGACCUUGUGUCCAUUGUGCAAUGUGUCUAACCUUAAUGACCGGCUCCUUUAACGUGUCUGCAGAUUUUUGUUGCAGAUGCCCUUUUCCAGACGCCUUUGAUACAGAACAGGCUGCCCUCUCUGCUACUAUAACCACUGUGAUCUCCUAUUGGUAGUGAAAGUUGGUCGCGUACCAACCCCUGCCUUUAUUAUGAACCGCACCACUUAAUAGCCAUCGUGUAUAUUACAUUUGUCUUUUUCUAUUAGAGUUUGACAUUUUGGAUUCAGCGUCACAUUGGACAAGCGUGUUAAUGAGGUGCUGAGUGAAGGACAGAGUUUGGCUUGGCCCUCCUACAGCAGUCUGCUGUGCUCACCCUCACGCGUUGACUGAGUAUAAAUAGCCUGUGGCCAUAUAUGGAUCAGCUUCAUCACAUGAACACAGAGUCACGGCCCCGAACAGACCGCUCUGAGGGAAGCUAAUGGAAGACUUAUGAAAGCAACCUCUAAGGCUGCUGUGAUUACAAUGACAAUCUAGUAUUUUAGGGCUGUAAUUGUUUGACCCAGUUUUGUUGUUGGAAUGGAAAUGACAUUGCCCAGUGUGUUUACCAACAACAGCGAGCAGGUCAAAACCCAGACCACAUGCUCCAUGGCACCGGGCACAAGCACGAGUCCAGGAAGCCUGGGGACGACGCUACGUUGGCACCGGAGGACGCCGCCCGCUUCCUGAGCUGCUAUUGCUCUGGCCAUUGUCCAGAAGACCAUGAAAACAACACCUGCAAGACAAAUGGUCAGUGUUUUGCCAUUAUAGAGGAGGAUGAGAAUGGUGAGGCUAUUCUGACUUCGGGUUGCAUGAAGUAUGAAGGCUCACGUUUUCAAUGCAAGGAUUCUCCCCGGGCUCAGCCGAGGCGAACCAUCGAGUGCUGCCAGACAGACUUCUGUAAUCAGGAUCUGCAGCCCACGUUACCUCCCCCGAUCGACCCUGGUUCCUACUUUGACAGUGCCCACUGGCUGGCGUUCCUCAUAUCCAUGACUGUGUGCUGCUGUACUCUCAUCUGCAUCACAGUGGUCUGCUACUACAGGUACAAGUGGCAGACCGAGAGGCAGCGGUACCACCGGGACCUGGAGCAGGAUGAGGCCUUCAUCCCCGUGGGAGAGUCCCUCAAAGACCUCAUCAACCAGUCCCAGUCCUCUGGCAGUGGUUCUGGGCUCCCCCUGCUGGUGCAGCGUACCAUCGCCAAGCAGAUCCAGAUGGUUCGUCAGAUCGGCAAGGGCCGCUAUGGUGAGGUGUGGCUGGGUCGCUGGAGGGGAGAGAAGGUGGCCGUUAAAGUGUUCUUCACCCGAGAGGAGGCCAGCUGGUUCAGAGAGACUGAGAUCUACCAGACCGUCCUCAUGAGACACGAGAACAUCCUUGGUUUCAUUGCAGCAGACAUCAAAGGUACUGGGGCCUUCACCCAGCUCUUCCUCAUCACCGACUACCACGAGAACGGCUCCCUGUACGAUUACCUGAAGUUCACCACGCUUGACACUCAGGGCCUGUUGCGGCUGGCCUACUCUGCCGCCUGUGGCCUCUGCCACCUCCACACGGAGAUCUACGGCACCCAGGGCAAGCCUGCCAUCGCCCACCGAGACCUGAAGAGCAAGAACAUCCUGAUGAAGAAGAACGGAACCUGCUGCAUCGCCGACCUAGGCCUGGCCGUCAAGUUCAACAGUGACACCAACGAGGUGGACGUUCCCAUAAGUACGCGGGUGGGAACCCGGAGGUACAUGGCCCCUGAGGUGCUGGACGAGAGCCUGAACAAGAACCACUUCCAGGCCUACAUCAUGGCUGACAUAUACAGCUACGGCCUCGUCAUCUGGGAGAUGGCCCGUCGCUGCGUGACAGGAGGCAUAGUGGAGGACUACCAGCUGCCCUACUAUGAGAUGGUGCCCUCAGACCCGUCCUUUGAAGACAUGCUGGAGGCGGUGUGUGUCAAAGGGCUGCGGCCCACCGUGUCCAACAGAUGGAACAGUGAUGAGUGCCUGAGGGCUAUGCUCAAGCUGAUGUCUGAGUGCUGGGCCCAUAACCCCGCCUCACGCCUAACCAUCUUACGUGUCAAGAAGACCUUGGCUAAAAUGGUGGAAUCACAGGACAUCAAAAUUUGACACCACCCGCCCCCCCCAUACUCAACACACCCUGACCGAGAGCCACAGCUCCAGCGAAUCCUAAUGUCAUGAUGCUGAAUGUCACCUCAGAAGACAGGGGGAGGGAGAAAAAGGACCCUGUCACAGGGCCAUAAGCCUCAAUAUCCUUGAAUCUGUGUCGCCACGAUGGACUGACACUCCUGCCAGAGGGGUGUUUUGGCAGUUUAGGUUCCCUCUCCCCCAAUCUCCCCGGCAAGAGGCGUUGUUGGUCGUAGGUAGCAAAGAUUGAUGCUUUCUGUGAAAGCCAAAAAAUGACUGUGUGAGGAGGGGGAGGACGCUCCUGCUACAGUGUUGAUGGACAGUGAUGGAGGGACACUAAAGACACUUCACACCAAGACACUGCCCUUGCAAGCACCACCAUCCUGCUAAUUAUUGUUCCUUUUUAACGGUGUUUUAUGCAAAGUUUUUUUUCUCUCUUUAGGACAGUCUUCUCCUGCCAUAUUGAAUUAUAUCUUUCAACUCUAAAUAGAGUAAUUACGAAAUAAGGUACUAUAAUUAUGUGAAUUUAAUAUGAAAAUGAAUUGUAUCGAUGGAUGCAGUGCCUACAAAACGAAAAACAAUAUGCUGCAAUGGUAUUCACGUCCAGUGUGCUUCAAACGCUACCUGCUUCAAGAGCUACGAGCAAUUCAGGCAACCAAUGACAUUGUUAGAGGGAAACAUGACUUGCCUUAAAUCAACGACUUACUGUGCUUCCUACAACAAACCACAUCUCAAUGACCUUGAAAAAUCCCGCUUCUGUCUCAUUUGUAACAAAAGACUUCUGAGUGAGAAAUAUUGAACUGAGUCAUAUUCUGAAUGAAAUGUGUGAUUAGGAAGUCAGUCUGUCUUCCGUCCUAUCUCUACACUUAUGCCUCUCUUCACAUUUUGUUCUAUCGUCUAUAUACCGUAGCUAGGUCUUGUGGGAGGAAAGUUAAAAACAUUAGACUGGCAUUCUGCUUCUGCCCUUCUGUUCUACAGCCAUGAAGCUUCAGGGCCAUGUAGCGUUCACAUGAAUUGGACAAAAAAACGACUUAUCUGACCGUUCACCUGUUCCUGCUCUUUACUAAGUCUUUCCCUCCUGCUCUUUUAUUCUGCUAUUGCUUCUAAUUCCAUGUUGAUUUAUUGAUUUAUAGUAUAAAUGUGGCCUACUUUCAUAUUGCCAAAUGUACUGAGCAGUAAUUAAAGCUUGUUCAUUGCUAAUGCUCUGAGCAGUUGGUUAGUGAUAAUUUGUCUUCCAGGGUAAUCCCCAAAAAAACGUGAGUGGUUUGUAGUAAUGCUCGCAAGAAGUCCCAUUUAGGUCAGAACAUUUGAUAUUUUAUUAAGUUAAAGUUCAAUGAUAUAUCUUGCUCUAUUCUACAGUGAAAUACAUAAUUACAUGUGGUAAAAAUUGUAAAACGACAUUAAGGCCUGUAUUGCCAAUGAAGACUGUGUUGAUCCAUCACGCUUCCUCAGGUGUAGGUGACACUGCCAAAUACAGAUUGAACAGUUGAGACAAGAUGUGAAACGUUUUCUUCAUAUUGUUAUUAGGGACACAAAGAUAUAUAUACAAAUGGGUGGG